AAAUUGUGGCUGUGGUACUGCUGGAAGUAUUUCCUUCCUCACAAAUUCACAACUUUUUUAUUUGCUCUCCACGAUAAAGAAAUGAACUCAUCAAUUCAAUUGAUUUCUAGGAUUUGAAAAUUUAAAGGAAAAAGAACAUGCCUGUUGUAAGAGUUUCUUUUUCUUGUUCUCCAGCUGGUUUUAGUGAAAGUAUCAGUGAGAUUCUUGGGGAUGUUAGUAUUUUGACUGCAGCUGGUGAAUCAGUUAUGAUCAAGGAUUUAUGGGACCAAGAAGAGGGUGUGGCUGUUGUUGCACUUCUGAGGCAUUUUGGGUGUAUUUGUUGCUGGGAACUUGCUUCAACACUCAAAGAGUCAAAGUCGAGGUUUGAUUCUGCUGGUGUGAAAUUAGUUGCUGUUGGUGUUGGCACGCCUGAAAAUGCACGUAUUCUUGCUGAGCGGUUGCCUUUUCCUAUGGAUUCCCUUUAUGCGGAUCCUGAUCGCAAGGCCUAUGAUGUUUUGGGAGUAUAUUACGGUUUUGGCCGCACAUUUUUCAACCGAGCCAGUGCUAGCGUUUUUUCAAGAUUUGGGGCACUGAAAAAAGUUUGGAAGAAUUACACCAUUAAAGCAACUCCAGAUGAUAGGAGUAGUAUAUUGCAACAGGGAGGAAUUUUCGUCUUCAAAGGAAAACAGUUGUUAUAUGCAAGGAAAGAUAAAGGAACCGGCGAUCAUGCUCCUUUAGAGGAAGUUCUCAAUAUAUGCUCUGGUUAAUUAAAUCUUACUUUCGACACGAGUACUUCACAUCUUGUAAUAAAUCUAUCGUCUCUAUAAUCUGGUACAAUUUGAUGAGUUCCUCGUGUUUAGGAAUGAGAUUCCUCCGCAGUAAUUAUAAAACAUCAUUGCAAUGUUUACGCAGAAGAAAUAAUGAAUAAGUGUCCAAAACUUGAAUAAAUGUGUGAAUAAAAUUGAUUUAAGAGAA